AUGGAGGUCGAUCUUCGGUCCGGCCAGCGCCGCGAGUUCGUUGCCGCCGAAGAAAUUCCGGCAGAGGGCUCCUCCGAUCAGCCCCACCGCCAAGUCCGCCGCCGGCGCAAGAGCGGCGAGGUGCUCAUGGCGAGGCAGGCGACCGUCGGCGCUGGCCUGAAUCAGCUCGAUUCAAUGAUUGGCGAGAUGUACGACAUCAAGCGGGCGACUCUUCCGACCACAAGGUCAGUGGGACACCGCUCAGCCGCCUCCUUUCUGCUGACCUCGGCGCUCGUGCUGGCGCUCAGCGUGCUGCUUCCCAUGGUCACACACCCACGCGAGCUGCUCGAGGCCGCGGGCUGGCAGCCGUCGGUGUGCGACGACUCAUGCGUGCACGCCAACGACGGCGCGUGCGACGACGGCGGCGCCUGCCGGGACGGCUCCGACUGCGGAGCAUGCGGCGCCCGCGAGGCGUCCCUUCCGGUCCCGAGCUGGGCGGUCAUCGUCGCCUCACUGGUGUCAAUUGCCGUGCUCUCGCUCGGCGUGAGCACGGUGGGCGAGAUGGCGCGGUCUGCUGGCGGCUCGUGGGGGCGCGUGCCGCUGACGGACGCCACGCUGGGCACGGCCGUGCUCAACAAGUUUGCAAACAGCGCGCAGGUGCGCGAGAAGGGGCUCAAGGUGCUGCAGUACGUGCUCAAGGCAGGCGCCUACUCGCGCCUCUUCUCUGCGGGCCUGACGAAGCAGCUCAAGGACCUCUCCAAGGCAACCUCGACCGCGCGCCGCUUCUUCAAGUUUUGCCGCUGGGUCAAGCACUUUGAGGACCGCGACCUGAGCGAGGCGCGCGAUCAGAGCGACCGCGUGAUGCGCCUCCUGCUGUAUUUCCGCGUCGCGGCCAACUUCGGCGCCGACUGGGCGGAGGAUGUCUGCUCGCUCGAGCGCGUCGGCAUCCUGCCCGCGGGCACGCUGAGCGUUGAGUUCAUGCUCUUCGCAGAGUACUGCCAGCUCGCGCUCGCCCUCGUCGAGAUUUGGGUCACGUCGGCCCGGGCGAGAAGGGAGGCCGAGCUGUCGCUGCUCGCCGAGGAGGCGGGCGUCGCCGCGCCCAAGCUCCUCUCGCAGCAGCGCAAGCUCGCCCUCGUGCGGCUCGAGCUGGUAAAGUUCGUGUCAGACGUCGGCAAGGCCAUCUUUGACUGCGAGCUCUACUUCGCGCACGAGGGUGUCUUCAUUGGCUGCGCUCUCUUCUCCGGCAUCCUCUCGACGCACAAGAACAUGUUCAAGAUUCUGAAGUGA